UUUGUCGUCUGCAUUUGGAAAUGGUUUGCUUUUGUGCAUGAAAUUUGUUGGUUAAUAGGUUUUUAUUUAUUUUAGGUAAAGUGAUUUUAAGAAAUAAUAAUUGACACAUCAAAUGUGAGUAAGAAACAUGUUGUUUAUGUAUUUUGAAUAAUAUGACAUCAGCAACGGACACUGGAGAGAUCCUGACAUACUUUGGAUUGCUAUUUUCUAUAACUGUUACUCGUAAAUUUUACAUAAAUAAUGUUUAUAAUUAAGCCUAUAAGAUAUGUGCAAUUAUAAGAAAUAACCAAGUUUCCUACUAUUAUGUAAGAGAAUUAUCUAGAGAAAGCUGAGAGAAUGGGACAGCAUUAAAAUAAUAUCCCUAUUGACUUUAGAGAACAAUGUCUGAAGAAGUAAUUUGUGCAAUAACUCCCCCUAAUUCUCCUGGAAGGAAUGGCAUACAGACUGAAGAAGAUGCUAGUAGCAUUACUUUUCACCAAGAUAUUGAGGAAGACAGCUUGUCCUGGAAACAAACUCAUUCUCAUAGAUGGUUUUCAUGCCUUGGAGAGACAAAACUGGAAAAGAUAAAUUUACAUGAAGAUGGUUAUAUAAAAAAUAAGGAGACUGAUCUUUUCGAAAAUUCAAAUAUAUUCUCAUACCAUUGUGAAGAGAGGAGCAUUCAGCUGUUCAAUCAGAAGUUUGAUUUUGGAUCAGUAUUUCUCUUCAAUAGUGAAAUGUUGUUCCGAAUGGCCAGAAGUGAAAUUAUGGUUUUACAAGAUGCUGCCAGAUCAAAUCACAAAGAGCUUCUCACAUUUUCUGAUAUCAAUUCAACUCAAGAUUAUAUGAAAGCUAGAAGACACUGUGUCAGUUUGUUCUUACGUCUACGUGAAUAUCUAAAUUGGAUCAUGCUUCCAAAGCACAAUUGGAUUCUAACAAACUUCAUUCCCAAGAUGGUAGAAAAUCUCAGUAGGUUCAGGCUCUUUUUACGUAGGUUGACAGAUUUGCCUGAAUAUGUACUACACCAUGCAGCUCACUCUCAGGGGAAUAAGUGUCAAGAGGCAUCAUACCACCUGUUUCACUGUAGUCUGGACAUGCUGUGGCUCCACCUGACAACAAUGUACCAAUUAGAGAGGUGUCGUCAAAGGCUGGAUGACAGCUUCCCUGCAUCCCAACAAGUUGAAGGUGUGGCCCAGACCUCUGUAACCCUUGAGCAAGCUGUGCUGGCCGUGGUGGCAGACCUGGUGCAAAUGGCUCUCUAUCGUUUUAACAAGGUUGAUGUACGAAGCCUGCUUAUUAAGUCUCCAUUCAAUUGUAGCUGUGUGGCUGAACUCUGGAUUUUACUACAAAUGUUCUGUUACAAGUUGCAUAGUCAAGGAAAAUUUGAUGAUUUGUGGUCAUUUAUGAACAAAGUGGUGGAGAAAAUGUUGGUGUCUGAUGGAAGCAGCCUAGUGAGGCCUAACUGUAUGUCCCUUGCCCAGUCUGUGACGUCACCUUGCACCAAUGUGCAUGCCUUCUCACUGUGGUUACUGAAACAUACAGCCAUGCUACAUACAUUUGAAGAGAAGCAGAGCAACAGCAGCAACUACCCUCUUCUGGAGACCAUCAUGAGAGGUCUGCUCAACUCUGAUGUCCCAGAAGCACACCUAAGAGUGCAUCUCACAUUUGUUGAGAGAAUCAUCACUAAAUACUGGGAACCCAAGAGUGAAAUCAUUGUCCUCCUUUGGGAAUAUUUUCAGAAGAGACUGAAUUCCACAUUCUUUGUCCCAGGCUCUUCUGUUGAAUCCAUGGCAAUCAUGAGCGAAAGUGUCAUGGGAAUGGUGAAGCAGGUCAAGUCUCGCCUGACAAACAGCACUCAUUGUGACGACAGUUUUCAAAUGUUUCUACGCAUUUUGGGUUUACACCUCCAGAGGGUGUCUGGCCAGACACAACACUGGAACCAGAUCCGGGGCCGUAUCUACUCCAAGCUCUCACCCUCCAAGAUGCAGGGCCUUACAGAAGUGGGACUCUACCACAUCGCUUCUCUCUUCCUCACUCUGGCUGUCACAGCUGAUCUUACCGAAGUGUGCAAGAAGCUGCAGGUGCUACUCGGAGCAUUGUCUGAGCCUGAGCUGGAGGGAGGUAUGCGGCGGCUGGUCUGGAGGACACAUUUGUCUGUAUGUUUGCUGGCAGCUGAGCGUGGCCAAGAUUUCACCGCCUUUCUCUCCCCAGUCACCAGUGCUCUGGACAAUACCACCAACAUCCAGGAGGCUGUGGCCCUCUUCCGAACAUAUCUUGAUGGUCUUAAAGACAUCAUUGAGUGCAGUCCUUGUUUGAGGAUGGACUACAACAUACUGAUUGGAAAUUGGAUACCAAAGUACCUGACAGAGUGCUCCCAAAAUGAUGCAAAUCGUCUUCUUGAUACUCUUCAAGUCCUGACUUCGAGAGUACAAAAACAGCCAUUGGAGCAUACAAAGUUUCAAAGCAGCGUAUGGCAGUACUUGAGCCCUUAUGUGAAACUGAAGAUUGGAGAGGAAGGUCCACUCCAGCUGGUAGAUGUCAGUCUGAGUCUCUGUCAGUUGUCGUACACCCACUCCGACACCCUCAAGGACAUCAUUCAGCUGUUCCUCAACAACAACAGCACCAAUAUUGGAUUGGUCAGACGAUUCUUAUGGCUGUUAAUACAGCAAAAUGAUUUAAUGGCGUUGUUGGAAAACGUGCCUUCAGGUUCGGCAGAACCCCUAACAGUUCUAAUUGUCAAGGGCUGGAUUCGCUGCAGUCUACUUAGUGUGGACAGCAAGAACAGUGAGCUGAGUCGUAUUACGAACUACGUGGCCUACCUGCCGUUCAUCGCAGACAUAUGUAUGGAUCUCCCUUCCUCCAAUGACCCUCUUGUACACUUUAUUGUCACCACAUCAAACAAGUUCAAAGCUGCCAAGGAUAUCAUGGAGAGAGGCAGCCUGAGACAAAGAAUGUCUCGCUACUUGACCGGUAUGGACAAGUGGGUGGAGCCUUUCAUCAAGCAAGGAAAGUCUCCCGAGAUUGUGGCUCGUAUUUAUCACAUCGUCGGCCUUAUAGUCUCUCUGAUGCCCUCUUUUGUCUACGUCAAGUCAAGACCCAACACGGUUCUGAAAGGAUUGUUGGAUGUGAUGUUUCUGCCACUCAGCGCGUAUAAGCCAGAUUUUGAGCCCAGCUCUCAUAUCAAGGCUGUGAUUGCAGCUAACAUUCAUCUGUAUAUCAAGGGUCUGGCUGAUCUAGGAAUGAUGCAUGAUGCGUACAUAGACCGGUGCACAGAGGACCUGGUGAGGAUCUACCUUCCUUGGGUCUCUGGUUCAAGCCGUUGCAGUCUCCAUGAAUGUGUAGAGCGGGAGGAUCGCUCGGCUCGUCUGCUUCUUACUGCAAUCUGCUCAGCUUUCAUCAAGCGCAAGGUUUCCAGCCCCCACCCUCACUGUUCUCAGGCUCUAAGGUUCCUGUGCUUGAUUGCAAAAAGAAAUUCAAAGGAGCAUCGUGUGAUGUCACAAUUGGUGGACACCUGCUUUGAGCAUGUUUGUGAUGUCAUCAUGUUUUGUGAUGAUUUUCAUCCCUGUAAGAAUAUUGCCAAAGAGGUUCUUGUGUCAAUAUUUGAAUCCUCCAGCUUUGGAGAUGAAAUAAGUGAAAAAAUAAUAGAGAAGUUUGGUAACCUAUGCAGAGAUUACCUCCCAUUUCUGCCCGGAAAACCUUUUAGCCUGUUCCACACAGUCCUGCAGCACAGGCCAGAGUUGGUGUCCCGGUUCCUGCCACUCCUACAGGAUCACAUACGGGUGGUGGAGAAGAAGAGAGGAAUUAGCUAUGAUCAGUCUCUCAGGAUGUAUCUGGAGAAGCUGGAAAGUGCCUUAGAGUAUUUAAGAAAUGGAGCAUAAAAUCACAUCUUAGCUGUACAAAGUUUAAAUUGUUGAAAGAUGGAGAUAAUUUCAUAUCACCAAUAUCAUUUUUGGAUUUAAUCCAUUGCAAUAACAAGAACUGACAUUCAUGUUUAACCUUACUUUGAUGUGAUAAAGCACAUCACAUUGUUAACAUAAAAUAAACAUCACAAUUACUAAAUUGUUCCUACACGAAUAUCCACUUCUUAUGUAGAAAGAUUAGUUAGUGAUCCCUUUAAAGUCCUUAUCUAGAAUGAUCUAUUGACUUAGCCCAAAAAGGAUUAUCUAAAGGAAGGAUAACAUGGUUGAAAGGAUUGAUACAUUAUUUUUUUACAUCUUUUAUAAUCAUUGUAGUUUCAAAUUUCAAAAUAUUAAUUUUUAAGAGUUUCCAAUGUCUUUUUUCAUUAGCCAUUUAAGGUAAAAUAUGUCCACAAUAUUAAAUGAAAUGUUCUUUCUCUUACCCAACAUAGUUGAGAUUUUAUAUAGAUUAAAUUUAAUAUCACUACAAUAUAAUCCAUUUUUGCAUCAAAUAAAAUAGUCAGUUUUCAAAAUUGCAAUAACAACAACAAACAGUCAGUUAUUGUUCAGUUAGUCGUUUGUAUGUUUAAUCGAGUUAAUACUAUUCAAUUACACUAAAACUUAAAAAUUUCUCAUGAGAACAUUAAAUUAAUUUGCUUUAAUUUUCAUCAAGUUCAACAUAUUGAAAAUUAUUAUAAUCCUCAUUGAAACACAAUCAAGUAAAAUGGGUCCACACCGACGAUUGGCAGGUUUCGACUUAACUGACCAAAUAUAGGUGAGCUUCAAUAAUUGGGUCAGUACCUUUCAUCUUUGUUACAUCAUUGUAUCUUGCAUACAUUGACUCGAUAAAGCCCAAUUAUGUCAAAAACAGUGAUGGAUUAUUACAGAUCACCACCAUGGAUUGAGGAUUGUAGAGGUCAUCUGUGUAAUAUUUAUUAAUGUAAAGUUCCUUACUCAAAUGUUAUAUAAUGUUGUUAACAAGUGUUUAUAUUGUAUUUUUUGUAAAAGAUGUAAAUAAAAAUUAGUAUUUUAAUAUUCC